AUGGAAGGUGCAAAACAAGGCAUUGUCGUGGCCGGUGGUCAAGGAAAAGGAAAUGAACUUACACAAUUGUCAUAUCCUCAAGGAGUCAUUGUCGAUCAAUUGGGCACUGUCUAUGUGGCUGAUUCAGACAAUGAUCGAAUCAUGCGUUGGCCCAAAGGAGCCACACAGGGAAGUGUCAUUGUUGGUGAAAACGGUGAAGGAGAACAAUCGAACCCACUCGGUGCGCUCACCGCAACACUUUUACGCAGUGCCAAUGUUAAUGCAGAUGUUAAAUGGAUACGAAAUGGAAUUGCUAUAGCUGGAGGAAAUGCGUCAGGUAAUGCAACAAAUCAACUCUGCAAUCCAUAUAGUUUGUGUAUUGAUGAUAAUCAAACUGUCUACAUUGCUGAUUGUUGA